AUGCCUUCUCAUCAAUUUAUUGCCCAAAGUUUUUAUUCAGCAGUAAUGGCAGCAACUUUGCUUUUUACACUUAUUUCAAUGUUAACUCCCGGUUGGCAUUCAAUAAUUAAAGGAAAUCAAAUUGGAGAAUAUGAUAAUUCAAAAACGAUUAAUUCUGGUAUUUUUAUUUGUGAGACAGAAGGAAUGUCUGAAUGUAUGGCGAAACGAAGCACUGUAGAUACUUUAAUUGGUGUUUUCUUAAUUAUGGCUGUUUUACUUGAAUUAAUUGCUUUGGGAUGGGCAAUUGCUUCUUUUAUUUUUGCUGAUAAAGGGGAAGGGGCAUCGAAAAGAAAAUUAAUUUUAUUUGCUCCUUUACUUGUCUUCUCUUUUUUAAUUUGUGGAUUAUUUUUACUUAUUAUUCUUUUGUUUUCGCUUAAACAAAAUGGACAAAUUGGAUUUGAUUUAAAUAUGAGCGUUGCAAUGGGAGCAAAUGUUGGAUAUUCUUUUUUUAUUUGCUGUUUUGCAUUUAUAUUAGCAAUUUGUUCUGUACCUGCGGGAUUGUUUUUAACAUUCUUAAAAGAAAAUACUUGAAUGGAGAAAUAAUA